AUGAAUUAAAAUAAAACGAAUUUAUAUGGAAUUUUGGUAGAUAUUUCAGGAUCAAUGAAAUAUCCCUAUGAAACAAUCGAAAAAGGAUCCAACUUAGACAAAAAAAUACUAUAGCCUAAUGAAUCUCGAUUGGCUUCUGUCUUGUAAAUAAUUUAGGGGGCUUUAGGGAAACAUGAUUUAAAAGAUGACCAUCUUUUUUUGUCAGCUUUUGGAUGCUACCAUGAUGUUGAAGUUAUAGAUUUGGUACCUUUCUUAAAAUCCAUAAUCAAUAUCGUGAAAUUAAUAAUUACAAUAAGAGGGCUUUAAUAAUAUAGCUAAAAUUGUUAUAAAGAUUAUCCUAAACUUUUAUAUGAUUUAGUAGAAGGGAAUGGAGCUAAAAAUUUAUCCUAAUUUUAUAAGCUGCAAGAAUUUAGGACCGAUAUUUCAAAUAUCAAGGCACAGUUAUUAUAUAAUGAAUUCAAAAGGAAUAAAAAAUAAUUAAACUCAUUUAUAGAAAAACUGCCAAAAUAAGUGAAAAUGACAAGCAAUACUUAUAGUGCCCAAGCUCUAUUAUUAGGAAGGAAAUUUUAAUCUACUUUAAACCCUAUUAUUUCAAAAAAACAAAAAAAGAUUUAGCAGUAAUUACUUAAUUUGGAUAAUUGUAUUCCAUUUGAUUAUUUUUUUGGCAAAAUUUAGGAAUGCUUACAACCUAUAUUAGACGAGAUUUAAAAGUUAAAUAAUAAAAAUAAUAACAAAGCUGAUGAUCUUGAGAAUAAACUAUAAUAAAUUCUAGAAAAAGUAAAGAAUUAAUAAUAAUAAAAAUCAAUUGAAUAUUUAUAAGAUAAAUUGAGAGAAAUAUAAAACAUUUAAGAAAACAUUAUACAAGUUUUGAAGCAAUACAGUUUUAUUCCUAAUGAUUUGAUUAAUGAACAAAUAAACCUAGAAAAAUUCUAGAUUAUCAGCAUAGAAGAAGUAGUAAAAGACAUUAAAAUCGAGGAAUAUCAAUCAAAAUAUCAAAUGAAAAAGGAAGAUUUAGAUUUUUUUAAGUCAUUUGAAUCGAUUUGCUAUGGAUGUACUCCAUUGAAGAAAAGUUUGGAGUUGACUUUAAAAACUGCAUUCUUAGAAUUCAAAAAUAAAUUCUUGUUUAUUGUAUCUGAUGGAGACUCAACUGAUGGUAAUCCUGUAGAGUAUGCGACAGAGUUAAAAAACAAAGGAUUUAUUAUAUUUUGUUAUUAUAUUAGUUCUAGUAACAGUGCCUCGAAAUAUAUUAAGGGAGAAGGAGCCAAGACAAUGUUUGAAAUAAGUUCUGAAUACUCAAAUUUUGAGUUUCCUUUACGAUAAAUAGAAAAUUAUACAAAUAUCAAAUUAUCUUAGGAUGGCAAAAGCAGAUUAUUUUUAUAAAGUAAUAAUUCAGAGUCAUUUAAAUAAUUUCUUGAUUAUUUCAUGAAAAUCUCGAAAGAUAAUGAUAAAUUGAUUGAAAUCGCUGGGAGAAUUACAAUAGAAAAGUAAAUGAGUUCCAGUAAAGGAUUUUAACCAAAGCGAUAAAUUGGAGGAACAUGUUAUGCAACUUCUAUUGCAACUGUCUAUUCUAUAAUGUUGUAAAAGAUUUAUAAAAGAGAAGGUGAUUACCCAGGCUUCUUUCGAAUAAGGGAUCUAUUAAUACAAGAGUAUGGGAAACAUGGGGCAAUCACCUCUAAGGUUGUUUAAGAAACUUGCUCAUACUAUAGAUUGCAAUGUCGCAAACUAAAAUCUAUUAGUAAAAUCAAAUAAGCUUUACAUUAGUAGAGACCAAUCAUUGCAAGAUUUGCUUUGUGUGACGAUUAAUGGAAUGCUAAUACUGAGAAUCAGAUGGGAUUUAUACCUUUCUUUGAAAGAAACCCAUUUGGUAUUUUGACUACUGUAGGGCCGCAAUCAAACAAGAAUAUAGGAGGACAUUCAGUUGUUUUGUACUCCUAUACUGAAGAUUACUACUUAUUUAUUAAUUCAUGGGGAACUAGUUGGGGAGAUAGAGGGUUUUUUAAAGUAUAAAGUUUGGAUGUCUUAGGUGAAAUGGAGUUUAUAGAGGUUUUUUGGGAAACAACUGAUUUAACGGAAUCAGAAAAAAAGGUAUUUAAGGAGGAUGCUGGAUAAAAAAUGAAUAAGUUUUACUAGAAUUACUUAAGUUCAAUUGGAAAUAUCAAAUACACUUGUCCGAAAUGUUUUUAAUAAUCUUUUAUAAAUUAAUAUAAAGGAAAUUAUUAUGAUGCAGAAUGUCCAAAAUGUAACUAGUAAUUUCAUUCAGAAUCACUUGGUUCAUUAUUUGUAGACUAUCUAAAUGGCAAGAAUAUUUGA